AUGGCACUCACUGUAUCCAGGACCCAAGCGAGGAAGAUCGCCGGCACCCGUAACUUGUUUUCUUCCAGACAGAAUAACCACGAUACAACCCGUCCGAGACGACGCCGUGACCCUUCGGAAGGUGACAAUGAUAACCUCGUGGCCAAGAGGGCCAAGUUGACACCGGGAAUCGCGACACUGUCUGCCAUCUUUGCAAACGACACGGCCAACACCAUCGACAAGACCGGCACUUCCGCUACCUCCAAGGCAGACUCAGCGCCUGUGUCCCCGAAACCCGCUAUCGCGACCAAGGUUCCAGCCAGUCACCGCGCCCCGCGCCCCAAAGCAAAGAGACCCAAACCCGCCCGUGCCACAACCAAGCAACAGCAACGACAGCGGCCAACACCCACAACAAGCCGAUCGAAGGUUGUUAAAGGGUUAAUGCACGAACUCGUAAAUUUGAAGCCAAACGAGGCCGACACGAUCGUGCAGGGUCGAAAGCUGAGGUCUCAGGAGGUCGUUCGCUACAAGAGCGAGCUGUCCUCGUACUUCCCGGAGUACGAUGAAAUCAUCGGCAACGACCCGAAAGAGACGCACAUUGUUAACAUCGAUACCCCCAUAAUCAUCAUCCCGGACCCAACAUCACAAUUAAACACCAACACCACAUCACCCCACGCCGUUCCACCACGCGCCCAACAUCAACAUGACUACCCAACUCGCAGCUACGGCGAUUCGCUCUACACAGACCUCUGCGAUGCACACCGCGUCAGUUUCAGCUACCUCAACCCGACACCAACGUCGGACCCUCUCCCGGACUCGCUCUUCGCGCCGGCGCACAAGAAAGCCGAGCGAUCGGAGCGGUCGGUUCGCAACACCGAGAUCGGGCGAGCGCAGCACGAGCGGGACCAGGUGGCGCGGCUGCUGAACGGCCUGCGGGGCCACGACUGGCUGCGCGUGCUGGGCGUCAGCGGGGUCACCGAGACCAAGAAGCGCGCCUUCGAGCCCGCCCGCGACCACUUCAUCCGCGGCUGCGAGGGCAUCCUGGACAAGUUCCGCCGCUACACGCGCGAGGAGAAGAGGCGCCGCGCCGAGAUGCUCGGCCGGCGGCAGGCGUUUCUCAGCGGUGGGGAGGAGAGCGUCGGUAAAGAGGGGGUUGAGACGGAAGAAAGUGAGGGGGAGAAGUCCGUCGAUGUGCGCCGGCACGAGCAACAACAGCAAGGUGCCGAGAGCGGCGAGCAGGAGGCCGAGCAUGCCGACGAGAGCGACGUCGACGCGUACAUUGCGAAGCAGCUUCGGGAGGAGGCGCUUGCAGCCGCGGCCAAGAAGAGGCGGGCCAAGGCGGGCGGCAAAGCAGCAGCCGCGAAACGGGCGUCGGCUGAACGGGGCAAGGCUACCGCUACAAAGGCUGCAGGGGGCAAGGUUGGCCCUACAAAGACUACCGCUGCGACGGCACUCUCAUCAACACACCCGCCGGCGGAUAAGGACCCGCGAGAGAACGUCUCGCUCUUUCGGAAACGCUACCAGCGCGACGCGGCGCUGAGCACGGACCGCCGGAAGGGCCGUAAGGUGCUCGCGUGGGGUGAGCUCCUCCCGGAGAUGGAAGCGGCCGAGUUCCAGCUGCCGGGUGAGGUGCGUGAUGAUGCCGGCUCUCGGUUGCCUCCGAGGAAGAGGGGCCGGAAGUGA